AUGAGUGAAAAGAAAAAUAGCUCGGUGGGGCUUCAGAUAGAAGCUCCAUCACCAACCCCAGAUCGGAUUAAUUAUGAUAUUGAUAUGGGACAUUUGCCACAACCGCUAACAAUUGAGGAAAAGAAAUUUCUACUUGCCGUUGAACGUGGUGAUAUUGCAAACGUCCGAAGAAUGCUUCAAAAAGCCUUGAGAAACACCAGUAUCAAUCAAAAUUGUGUUGACUCUUUGGGUCGAGGUGCACUCACGCUCGCAAUUGAUGGCGAAAACUUAGAAAUGGUAGAAUUACUCGUUAUUAUGGGUGUAGAAACAAAGGAUGCACUACUUGAAGCGAUUAAUCAAGAGUUUGUUGAAGCGGUCGAAUUGCUAUUGGAGCAUGAAGAAUUAAUUCAUAAGGAAGGCGAGCCUUAUUCAUGGCAAAAAGUUGAUAUCAAUACAGCUCAAUAUGCGCGUGAAAUUACGCCAUUAAUUCUUGCCGCUCAUAAAAACAAUUAUGAGAUCAUCAAGCUGCUUCUUGACAGAGGAGCAACACUUCCACAGCCACACGAUGUAAAAUGCCCUUGCGAUGAAUGCAUUCGGAAGUCAUCUGAAGAUUCCCUACGUCACUCUUUAUCAAGAGUCAGUGAAUAUCGUGCUUUAGCAAGUCCAUCAUUAAUUGCAUUAAGCUCCGUUGAUCCAUUGCAAACGGCAUUUCAGCUGUCGUGGGAAUUACGCAACUUGGCAUUUGCUGAACAAGAAUGUAAGGCAGAAUAUUUGGAGUUACGAAAACAAUGUCAACAAUUUGCCGUCGAUUUAUUGGACCAAACACGUUCAUCACAAGAGCUGGCAAUCAUCUUGAAUUACGACCCAGAGAGUCCGCCUUAUGUGGAUGGAGAUCAUAUGAAAUUGAAGCGAUUAGAAAUGGCAAUCGAUUAUAAGCAGAAGAAGUUUGUUGCUCAUCCGAAUAUUCAACAAUUGUUAGCAUCAUUGUGGUAUGAAGGCGUACCCGGAUUUCGUCGUAAAUCAGCAGCCGAGAAAAUUUUUAUUAUCACAAAAGUUGCUGCAUUAUUUCCAUUCUACUGUCUCAUGUACAUGCUGUUUCCAUUCUGCCAUUCAGCAAAAAUUAUGAGAAAGCCAUUUAUGAAGUUCUUGAUUCACGCUUCAUCGUACUUAUUUUUCUUAUUUAUUUUGAUUCUUGUCAGUCAACGUGCGGAAGUUCAAGUGGUUUUACUACUUGGCACGGAGAAGAUGAAGGAAGCAAUGCGAGAAUCAUUGAAAUGUCAACGUGGUAAUCCACCUACGCCGCUGGAAAUCCUGGUUGUCAUUUACGUACUUGGCUUUAUAUGGGAAGAGACACAAGAAAUUUAUUUAGAAGGAAUCAGGAAUUAUUUACGUAACAUGUGGAACUUCAUUGAUUUUAGUAGAAAUUCACUUUACUGCUUUGUAUUUAUACUUCGUGGAAUUGCUUAUUUCCAGCAGUGGAAUGAAGUUAGAAAAGAUUCACAAACCGCAUUCGUUCCUAGAGAGAACUGGGAUGACUUUGAUCCACAACUUAUAGCUGAAGGUCUAUUUGCUGCCGCCAACAUCUUCUCAGCACUUAAACUCAUCCAUCUGUUUUCAAUAAAUCCUCAUUUGGGGCCAUUGCAGAUCUCCCUCGGUCGUAUGGUUAUAGACAUCAUAAAAUUCUUAAUUAUCUACACAUUGGUUCUGUUUGCCUUCGCAUGUGGUCUGAAUCAGUUACUUUGGUAUUAUGCCGAUUUGGAGAAGGCAAAGUGCUACAGCCUAGAAGGUGGUUUACCAGAUUGGGAUACAAAUGGCGAUGCAUGCAUGAAAUGGCGUCGGUUUGGAAAUCUAUUUGAAUCAUCUCAGUCUCUGUUCUGGGCAUCAUUCGGUAUGGUUGGAUUGGAGAACUUUGAAUUGCUUGGCAUAAAGACAUACACACGUUUCUGGGGUCUUUUAAUGUUCGGAUCAUACAGUGUGAUUAACGUAAUCGUCUUAUUGAACCUUCUUAUUGCCAUGAUGUCGAACUCAUACGCAAUGAUAGAACAACAUUCAGAUACUGAAUGGAAAUUUGCUCGUACGAAAUUAUGGAUGUCGUAUUUUGAGGAAUCAGCAACAUUACCGCCACCAUUUAACAUAUUUCCGAAUGUAAAACAUUUUACAAAAUGCUUUAGAACAAAGACAAAGCGUGAUAUUAAGAGAGAAUCUACCAUCAGACGCAAGGAAGAACGCGAUAGAGAUAAUCGUUAUACAGCUGUAAUGAGAUCAUUGGUAUGGCGCUAUGUAUCUGCAAUGCAUCGUAAAUUUGAGGAGAGUCCCGUUACAGAGGAUGACAUUAAUGAGGUCAAAGGAGAGAUUUCAGCCAUGCGAUAUGAGUUAAUUGCAAUUUUCGAGAAGAAUGGAAUGGAUAUUUCGAGUGUUGAUCGAAAAGAGAAAACCGUGCUUGCUAAACGCAUGAAAAUAUGGGAGCGUCGAUUAAUGAAAGAUUUUCAGGUUGCACCUGUUGAAAUUGCAGAAGUGUCUGAUGAGCCAGCUACACAUAUUGUUGAAAAUCCGCUUGAUCGAUUUAGAAGGAUUUCGAAGCAGGUCGCCUCACAAUCUACUACUGCUAAAUGGAGUGAAGUUAUUAGAAGUGCAACAAUUGAGGCAAAUAGUCAAAUUGGUCGAUGCAAAAAUCGUGAUAGUUUUAGGAAUCAACAGAAUCUACUUAAAGCUAUGGAACAAGCUAAAAAGCUUAUUGAGCGCUCACCAUUGCCUCAAUCUCCAAGCCACAGUGAAUAUAGCAUCGUGGAUCAAACAAAUGAAACUUUAGUUCAGUUACUGAAGAAUAUAUCUGAAGAAAUAAACGAAUUUUCACCGCAAGGAACUUUACACAUUCCAACACCUAAGAAUCGAUCAGUUACACCUUUGCAUUCGUUGAAUGUUCAACUCCAGUCAUUGAUUAAUAGCAAAGCAGCUUCGCCAAAUUUGACAAUGGAGAAACCAAAACAAAAAGCAACAUCACCAAAACCAACAACAUUGGAUCUUCGCAGACCAUCGAACAAUAAAGAAAGAGUUUUUUCACCACCACCAGCUAAAGACUCACCACAGACUCCUAAAAGUCCAUCAUCUCCAAAAUUAUGUCAAACACCAACAUGUGCUAAGUCUAGACCAAACACACCGGGUUCAAUAAAAUCAGAAUCACCAAAAUCACCAAGCAAAUUUGAAUUAUCAAAAUCUCCAUUAUCGAAACCAAUAAAUGUUAACAGAACUCGCUCACCAACUCCAGAAAGCAGCAAGUCACUUGACGAAACAAAAUCAAUUGAUAGCUUAAAAUGUACAGUAAAUCCUGGACCACCAAUUUCGCCUGUCCACACAUCAAAACGAACGACUGGAAUCUUAAAGACGCCAUCUGUAGAGAUAACUUUAGAUGGAGAAACAAGCAUUGCCGUCGAAGCUCAAGAAAUAGUUUGUGAUCUACCAAAGCCAUUAAUUUCAUUCAGUCCCGAUGGAGAAAAUAAAAAUAGACCACAAUCUCCACCUGUUGUUUCAUCAAGUCCAACAAAGGUCGUGAAACGUAAAGCACCGGUUCCAACAACUGACAUUUCCAUCUCACGUCCAACGGCACCAAACGUUCCAAUCAAUCAAGGCAUGAUCCCACCUCCACCAAAGAAAGAAGAAGUAAAACAUCAAGUACAGAUUCCGACUUUAUCAACGACCCCCGCAACACCGCUACCAUCUCCAAAACUGCUUUCGUCAGAAACGAUAGCUCCAGAGAAUAUAACGACAGAGAAGCCAGAGGCACAGCAACCGAAGGAGCAACCGAAAUUUGAAUUAGAGAAACAGAACAUGGCAGUUGCUACAUCUGUCGAUACAAUUCCUUAUAGUAGUACCGAAAAACUUGUAACAUCAAAAGAUCCCUCUAUGGAUGCAAAUAAAGCUGCUUCCUCUCCACCCAUGUCAUUACGACCGGUUAAUAAAAUUGACGAUGUUAAGACAAUUAAGCGACAGAUGAAAACUGGAUGGCUGUAAAAUGUAAAUUUUCAAUUUUAAUGUUUCUCUUUUCUCUUCUUUCUCUUUUUUUUCAAUUUAAAAGAUAAUGUAAAUAUUUUAUAUCACGCAAUUGAAUAACAAAGAGGAAUUGAACCAUCUCUGAUUUAUUUAUAUUUUUUGAGAUAUUUAAACAGUCAGCGAGAACAUAAAAAAAGCUUUUAUUUGAUAUGGAACAACAUUUUCUUUCUCUUACUGUGAGUUGGGUGUUGACAAGGUGAAGGAAACUUUUAUGGAGGGGAUAUAAGAACAUGGAUUUUUUUUUGGAGAGAUUAACAGUGUUUUAAGUUGUUUCUGUCGAUUUAUAUGUCGAUUGUAUUGAGAUCAGGUUGAGUUUAUUUAAAGCUGCUUUUUUAAAUGAAGGGGAUUAUUUAAAUGCUUAGGCUAGAUAAUCUCUUUGAUUUUGGGCUCUUAUAUUUCAAAUUUAAAAGGAAGGGUACGCGGAGACAUGUGUCUAUCUUCGAUGUUCUAUGACCUAUAACUCGACUUGAGAUUUUUUAACCGAUUUUGUAUGGUGGAGUCGACUCCAUAAAAAAUUUCGUGGACUUCGAGCUUUGUCUAUGGCCU